AUGCAGCUCUCCAUCUUCGCCCUUGCCGCUUUCGCCGCCGUUGCGCUGGCCAACCCCUCCACGCUCCCAGGGCCGAGGAGCUGGGUAGUUUUGUUGGAAUCGCUUGGUCCCAUUCGCGCCAGGCAGCAGCCUCCUAGCAACCCCAACGCCAUCACCACCGGACCCGCCGUCAACCAGCCCGCCAUGACCGACCGCAACGGCAACGUCAUCAGCUUCGACAGCGCCAAGGUCUACCUCGCCGCCAAGGAGGCCGGUCUCUAA